AUGGGUGUCUGCCAGUCAUGUUGCGGAGGCAAAUCCCGCGACGGACUCUACGAGCCUGUGCUUGCCGAUAGCGAGCGCGAGGCUGUCGCUGACUUGCUUCAGUAUCUGGAGAACGUGGGUAUCCGGCCUGCCGAUAUCUUCGGUAUCAAUUUCCCCCAGCUUACCGUGUAUCAGCGCGGCGAGACGGACUUCUUCUCGGGCGAACCCCUUCGAGCUCUCAGCACCCUCGUAUUCUCCGAGAAUAUCGACCUUCAACGAAGCGCCAGCUUGACGUUUGCCGAGAUCACAGAGCGAGAUGUCCGCGAGGUCGAUCGAGACACGCUCGAACCUAUCCUCUUCCUCCUCCAGAGCCCCGACAUCGAAGUCCAAAGAGCAGCCAGUGCGGCGCUGGGAAACCUGGCGGUCAAUACCGAGAAUAAGGUCCUGAUAGUACAACUUGGCGGAUUGCAACCACUGAUUCGCCAGAUGCUCUCGCCCAACGUCGAGGUCCAGUGCAAUGCUGUUGGCUGCAUUACCAACCUCGCUACUCACGAGGAUAAUAAGGCCAAGAUUGCACGAUCGGGCGCGUUGGGCCCUCUAACACGCCUAGCAAAGUCUAGGGAUAUGAGAGUACAGCGAAAUGCCACGGGAGCGCUUCUCAACAUGACACAUUCUGGUCAGAGCAAUUUCACAAGCCCAGAUUAUAUGCUUCAAACAGCCACUGACUCCCAGACAGACGAGAAUCGUCAACAACUCGUUAAUGCUGGCGCGAUUCCCGUGCUUGUACAACUUCUCUCCUCUCCCGACGUCGACGUCCAAUAUUACUGCACGACCGCCCUGAGCAACAUAGCAGUGGAUGCUAACAACAGACGGAAACUUGCCCAGACCGAGACGAAGCUCGUUCAAUCCCUCGUCAACCUCAUGGACUCGUCCUCGCCCAAGGUGCAGUGCCAGGCUGCACUUGCCCUACGUAACUUGGCGUCGGAUGAGAAGUACCAGCUUGAUAUUGUCAGGGCCCAGGGACUGAAUCCGUUGCUUCGUCUUCUCCAGUCGUCGUAUCUCCCCUUGAUCCUGUCAGCAGUUGCUUGCAUACGAAACAUCUCGAUCCACCCAAUGAACGAGUCGCCCAUCAUCGAAGCCGGUUUCUUGAAGCCGUUGGUUGAUUUACUAGGGUCAACCGAUAACGAGGAAAUCCAGUGCCACGCUAUAUCCACCCUUCGAAACCUAGCAGCAAGCUCCGAUCGGAACAAGGCCCUGGUCCUCGAAGCCGGCGCCGUCCAGAAGUGUAAGCAACUUGUUCUGGACGUGCCCGUCACCGUCCAAUCCGAGAUGACAGCUGCCAUUGCCGUUCUGGCCCUUUCGGACGACCUCAAGACUCACUUACUUAACUUGGGUGUCUUCGACGUCCUCAUCCCUCUGACCCACUCACCCAGCAUUGAAGUCCAAGGCAACAGUGCCGCGGCUCUUGGCAACUUGUCUUCGAAAGUGGGCGACUACUCCAUCUUCAUCCAGGACUGGUUGGAACCGAACGGCGGAAUUCAUGGUUAUCUGAACCGGUUCUUAGCCAGCGGGGAUGCCACUUUCCAACACAUCGCCAUCUGGACGUUGCUGCAGCUGCUUGAGUCCGAGGACAAGACGCUGAUCGGACACAUUGGCAAGUCGGAUGAAAUCGUCGAGAUGAUCAAGCAGAUUGCGAACCGCCAGAUUGAGUCUGACAACGAAUUUGGCGAAGACGACGACGAAGGCGAGGUUGUCAACCUUGCUCAGCGAUGCCUCGAGCUCCUAGGGCAGAGCAUGUCGAAGGCUCACAUUGAGGGCUAA